UUUGUGAGGCAACAAACUCCGACAAUGAGGUAAUGUUAUGAUCGCUUGAAAAAAGCCUGCAGGACGUUUUUAAAAGGCAAGGUGAAGCUAGAACUAAAACUUACUUUGCAGGAACACUUUGCACUGUACAGAGAGCAAAAUGGCCAUUAAAAGUCAUGCGCCUGAAGAUUGUUCUUAAAAGACCACCUGCCAUUCCACAUAACUUUCCAGGCACUCACAUAAGUGUGACUCGUGGUGGCAGCAGUGCCUGCUGGGCAGUGGUCGUGGUUACCCCCAUCAUGCGACGAGCUCAUAACCUCGAGCUGGCAAGGGAGAUCGUCUUUGUUGAUUCGACUGCCUCAUGCGACACCACCAAAUGCACAGUAACAGUGGUGCUGACUGCGACCAAGGCUGGUGCUGUCCCACUCGCAGUACUAAUUCACAAGGAGCAGAGCACCGAUGGCUACCUGGCUGCUUUCAAGCUCCUCAAGGAAGCCCAUCCUCUCUGCUUUGGAGGCCAACCAGCCCCACAGGUACUCAUGAGUGACAAUUCGAGUGCUGAGAAGGCCGCCCUGCAGCAGACAUGGCCGUCAGCAAGGCAGCUUUUGUGCCAUUUUCAUGUGGCACAAGCGGAGUGGCGCUGGCUGACGACAUCUCACAACUCUGUCGACAAAGACCAGAGGAGACGAUUCAUGUCUGCCUUCCAACUGGCAAGUUUUUUUGCAAUCUAGUUGUAACUCUAGCUCUAAGAUACGAGGUGCAUUCGUUGCAUCUGCACUUAGUGAACAAAUUCACAAUGGUCUGCUAUUUUAGCAUUCGUUUCAUGUUUCCAAGAUGAUGGCGCUGGCAUAGCAGCAUAGGUGUAUAAAAAGCACAGCUGUCCUGCAAGGCUAGUGCAUGAAUUACCUUCACUUCCUCGUGAUAUAAUUUGGAGUGUAUGCCGCACAAGAUGCCCUAAUCUGCAGAUGACAACGCAGACAGUAUUUGUGUCCAUUUUAAUCACAUUUAAAAAGUACACCAGUAAACGUCUGGUGGGUUCAAAUGAUUUCAAAUGCCAUAAAAUGAGGCUUGUACAAAUAUUCAAAUGCUUUGAAUAUUCAAAUGAAUAAUGCAGUAAUC